CAAUCACUGAGCACCAAUUUUCAAGCUGUUGGGUGAAGAAGGAAAAGACACUGCUUCCUCCUUUUCUUUUCAUUUUUUUCCCAAUGUCUUCUUUUCCCCUCUUCUAUUCCAUACUAUUUACUAUUCAGUGGAUUUAUCAUGGCAUGCUUUUGAUACAUUGCCAUGUUGACUAAUCCCAACGAACCACUCCUUCUCUCUCCUCUCCCUGCUGUACUCCGUAACACUUGGUUAGGAGACAUCGUGGUACUCAUUUUUCUUUAGUUGGUGUCUCCCUGGCUGUUUCUAACCGAAGCAUAAGUUACAGACACACCCUAUUCCUCAGUCUAUCUCUCCCUCUUUCUCUCUCUGAGGAUUACUUGCAUAACACUACUACUAAAGCACUCAGCUUACAGCUUCUCAUCUUCAUCUAUGCUCCUGCUAGCCCACUCUAUCUCUCUACCUUCACUUUCGUUACUCAUGCUGUUUCACAUAAUUUCUUCAAUUUCUAUACUACACCUACUUCUAAACCAUGCAGCCUUUUCAAUUCUAAAGCUUUUUCUGCUUCCUAAGAUUAAAUCAGUUGCACCAAUAAUAUAGCAACAGGAACUGCAGAUGAGGCAGAAAAAUCUGAAGCCUGGUGUUAGUCAGUGAGAGUAUUCUGCAUCUGCAAGACUUUUAGACUAUAGUUAACUUCACCUACUCAUCUAUUCUAUUCUAACGGUUGAGACAGAAACUUUCAGAAGUAUACCAUAGAGAGAAACAGGAAAUGUCAAUUUGCAAAACACUGUAAGCAAUUGGCGGAUAACAGACAAAACUGGAAUUUGGUUGCUUUUUCUAUUUUUUUUUAAUAUGUGGAGGGCACCAUCUGCAAUGAAUUGAAGGGCUUUCAGGAUUGUAUAUAAAUAUCAAUGAGGUUGAGUUCUGACAGGGUUACAUCAAUGCCUUCCCUUCUCUCCCUCUCCAUGACUUUAUGAGAUCUAUAUUGUACUGUUGUUCAAGGUGUAGUCUUACCUGAACUUGCAGAUUCUGAAGUAGAGGUUUUUUCUUGACAAUUUCUACAAAUAAAAAUGAAGUUCAUGAAACUUGGGACAAAGGCAGAUACAUUCUACACUGAACAAGCUACCAGGACUCUGAUAUCAGAGAUAGCUGCAGACCUUGUGAUUCAAAUCAAUGACAUCACUUAUCUGUUACACAAGCUGCAGUUUCCGCUUCUUCCCAAAUGUGGCCUCCUACAAAGGCUUUGCUAUGACAGUAGUGAUUCGGAGAGUGUCUCUCUGGAGCUUCAUGAUAUACCUGGAGGAGAAGAAGCUUUCGAACUGUGUGCCAAGUUUUGUUAUGGAAUUGCAAUCAACAUAAGUGCCCAUAACUUUGUAUCCGCUCUCUGUGCUGCCAAGUUCCUUAGAAUGAACGAUUCCAUUGAGAAGGGAAACUUUGUUGGAAAACUUGAGUCUUUCUUCAAUUCAUGCAUACUUGAAGGUUGGAAAGAUUCCAUUGCAACGCUUCAAACUACUGCUACGUUACCAGAGUGGUCUGAGAAUCUUGGUAUUGUCAGAAAGUGCAUUGAUUCAAUUAUUGAGAAAAUUCUCACACCACCACCACAGGUCAAAUGGUCCUACACCUACACCAGGCCAGGCUACACAAAAAAACAGCACCAUUCUGUGCCAAAGGAUUGGUGGACGGAGGAUGUUUCUGAUCUUGACAUAGAUCUUUUCAGGUGCAUAAUAAUGGCUAUCAGAUCAACAUAUGUCCUCCCUCCACAGCUUAUUGGAGAAGCUUUGCAUGUCUAUGCCUGCCGGUGGCUACCGGGAAUCACAAAGCUUAAAAGUUCUGGGAGUUCAGUGUCUCAAACACAAGAAUCUAAAGACAAAAACAGAAAAAUUCUUGAAACAAUUGUUAGCAUGAUUCCUGCAGAUAGAGGGUCUGUGUCGGUUGGCUUCUUGUUUAGGCUUCUCAGCAUUUCAAUUCACCUUGGUGUCUCUUCGGUGACCAAAACAGAACUCAUAAGGAGAGCGAGUCUGCAGUUUGAGGAGGCAACAGUGAGUGACUUGCUUUACCCUUCAACAUCCUCAUCUGACCAGAACUAUUAUGAUACAGAGUUAGUUCUAGCAGUGUUGGAAACUUUCUUGAAGCUUUGGAAAAGAAUGUCCCCAGGUGCUGUGGAUAGCAGCUACUUUUUGAGAUCAAUUAGAAAUGUUGGCAAGCUCAUUGAUUCCUAUCUUCAAGUGGUCGCAAGGGAUGAUAACAUGCAAGUUUCAAAAUUUGUGUCUCUUGCUGAAACUGUGCCCAGUAUUGCUCGAGAAGACCAUGAUGAUCUGUACCAGGCAAUCAACAUCUACCUUAAGAUGCAUCCUGAAAUGAGCAAAGCAGACAAGAAGCGGUUGUGUGGGAUUCUAGACUGUCAAAGAUUGUCCCCAGAAGUGCGUGGACAUGCAGUAAAAAACGAGCUUCUGCCAUUAAGAACAGUAGUGCAGCUGCUCUACUUUGAACAAGAAAAAGGGUCUAAGGCAACCUCGAGUCACAAACUGCCAAAGCCACAUGAGAUACUUCUGGGAGCAAAAGAUAGAGCAGCUACCACAAGAGACAGCCAAAGCAAACAUUCUUUAGGUCCAGGCAAAGAAGAAUUCAACGGAGAAGAAAUUAGAGAAAGGGAUCAGCAGAAAACAAAAAGAUCAGAUGGAAAAUUGGCAUUGGCAUUGAACUUAGAAAAAAAAAUGGUUAUAAGAGGAGACAUUGAAGAGACACAAUCUGAGAAAGCCAGAGUUGUGAGAGAUGAAAGUAGUUCAAGCGGCAAGGUGAACAUGGAUCCUAAAAAAAUGAUAAGAAGGGCAAGAAGUAAAUCAGAACAUGGUGUGAAGAAGUAAGAUUCAGAUCACCAUCACAGCAACAGUAAUAAUAAUCUUAGUAACUUCAAUUCUUAUUAUUUCUUUUUUAAGGUCUCAUAAAUGUCAGCAAUGUAUAAAUCCUUUGUACUAUCUCUUUCCCCAAAGAGUUUUACGUAGGGAAAUUAUUUUUUUACAUCCUUUUGUUUGAUAGAGAGACACACAGAUAAUGUGUAUUAAAAAUAUUUUAUUGUUAAAAUGUCCUUUUUAAACCAAUACGUCCAUAUUACAAAU